CUUGAUAACUUUUUCCCCAUCACUUCCGGGCUGAUAACAAGGGCCAUAGAUGCCCGCAGAUUUCCACUAAAAUCUCUUAGUUUGAUGUAUACAUUGGCACCAUAGCUUUUAUGUUUGACAUGAUGACAAAAGUCAGCAAAUGAUUUUGGUGUAUUGACGAAAUUAUUUCAAAAGCCGCGAGAAUAGCGGGCGAGAAAGAGCACACCUGUAAUGCCGGGCUGAUGAUGGUGAUGUUAACGUCGAUGCUAACUGUCUUGCGUCCCUCCACCUGUCUGGCAGCGUUAAAAGAGAGCGAGAGAGGAAGUGAACAGGAAUAGUGCUGCUGACCAAGGAAGAGGCUGAGGAGAGGAUAGGGAUGUGCCUCCUCCCCAGACAUUGAUUUAUCACAUUUUCCUGCCAAUCUUCACCCUGUCCCUGCAGCUGGCUGGUACAGAUAGGAUACAGACCCAAACACAGGAUGGUGCAAGAUACACAACCCAACAAUACAGUAACCUGACUCUUCUACCGAGCAGCGUCUGUUAGUUCAUCAAGCAGAUCCACCAAAGGGACCACCAGUGCAUGACAAGGAACACAACCAGUCUCCAAAAGAAGUAUCUGGGUGUGUCCCUCACCCUUCCUGCCCACCUCAACUGACACCACCCCCUGACCCUUGAACCCUUACUUGCAAGAUGAAACUGAAAGAGGACAUGAACCCGCUGCUGCUGCAAGUCUUCCGCUCAGUGGUCUGGGUCUGCUCUUUCAUUACCUUCCUGCCAUGGUACUUCCUCUCGGGUGCCGGCACCAACCUAGACCGGGCACGGCGGGUCAAGGCGCGGUCAGUGAGCGGGCGUCCAGCAGGCCCUUACCGGGCGACCAACCGGGCGGGCGGUAUCCAUCAGAAGCUGGUGUUGUCCUUGCACCUGGGGGUGGACACCCUGGACAAGGUGAUGGUGCACGGGGCGACCAGGUUUCCAGAGAGGGACUGCCUGGGCACCAGAGAGGUGCUGAACGAGGAGGACGAGCUCCAACCCAACGGGAAGGUCUUCAAGAAGGUGAUCCUAGGGGAGUAUCAGUGGAUGUCGUACGAGGAGACCUACCAGGCAGCAGUGUGUUUUGGCAGUGGUCUGGCUGCGCUGGGCCAGAGGCCUCAGUGUAACAUCGCCAUUUUCUGUGAGACCAGGGCUGAGUGGAUGAUAGCAGCACAGGCCUGCUUCAUAUACAACUUCCCAUUGGUGACGUUGUACUCUACUCUGGGCGGAGCGGCCAUCGCCCACGGUCUCAACGAAACAGAGAUCACCCACAUCAUCACCAGCAAAGACCUGCUACACAGCCGUCUCAAGGCCAUCCUGUUAGAGGUGCCUCGGCUGCAGCACAUUAUCGUGGUGGACAGUAAGCCAACCAGCUGGCCUGGCUUCCCCCGCGGCAUCAUGGUCCACAACUUGGUCGCGGUGCAGGAGCUGGGCUCUAGACCCGACAACAUGGCGGUGGCACGCCGGCAGCCUGUGCCCUCUGACAUCGCUGUCAUCAUGUACACAAGCGGCUCCACCGGCAUCCCCAAGGGUGUGAUGAUCUCCCAUAGCAACAUCAUCGCGGGCAUCACGGGCAUGGCAGAGCGCAUCCCAGACCUGGAUGAGACAGACACCUACAUUGGGUACCUACCGCUGGCUCAUGUUCUGGAGCUCAGUGCAGAGAUGGUGUGUAUCUCUCACGGCUGCCGCAUCGGAUACUCCUCCCCACAGACGCUAGCAGACCAGUCGACAAAGAUUAAGAAGGGCAGUAAAGGAGACACCAGUGUUCUGAAGCCUACACUUAUGGCUGCUGUACCGGAAAUCAUGGAUCGCAUCUAUAAGAAUGUGAUGACCAAGGUGGAGGAGAUGAGCAGUGUGCAGAGAACCCUGUUUGUGUUGGCCUACAACUAUAAGAUGGAACAGAUGACCAAGGGCUACAGGACCCCGCUCUGUGACAGUCUGGUGUUUAGGAAGGUGCGCUCGUUGUUAGGAGGUCACAUGCGGGUGCUGUUGUCGGGCGGAGCGCCCCUUUCUGCCGCCACCCAGCGCUUCAUGAACAUCUGCCUCUGCUGUCCCGUGGGCCAGGGCUACGGCCUCACUGAGACCUGCGGAGCUGGCACCAUCAGUGAGAUGUGGGACUACAGCACAGGCCGGGUCGGAGCUCCUCUGGUCUGCUCUGAGAUCACCCUCAAGGACUGGGAAGAGGGCGGUUACUACAGCACAGACAAGCCCAACCCAAGAGGUGAGAUUGUGAUCGGCGGGCCCAAUGUGACCAUGGGUUACUACAAGAAUGAGGUGAAGAACCGCGAGGACUUCUUCGUGGACAGCGACGGCCAGCGCUGGUUCUGUACGGGAGACAUCGGGGAGCUCCACCCUGACGGCUGCCUCAAGAUCAUCGACCGUAAGAAGGACCUGGUGAAGCUCCAGGCUGGGGAGUAUGUGUCUCUGGGGAAGGUGGAGGCCAUGCUGAAGAACUGCCCUUUCGUAGACAACAUCUGUGCUUACGCAAACAGUGACCAGUCAUAUGUGAUUGGCUUUGUGGUGCCCAAUCAAAAGCAGCUGACAGUGCUGGCGGAGCAGAGAGGGUUACGGGGCAGCUGGGAGGAGAUCUGUAACAACCCUGACAUGGAAAGAGACGUCCUCCGCAUCAUCACAGAGGCUGCACUGUCAGCCAAACUUGAGCGCUUUGAGAUCCCUAAGAAGAUCCGUCUUAGUGCAGAGCCCUGGACCCCAGAGACUGGCCUGGUUACGGACGCAUUCAAACUCAAACGCAAAGAGCUCAAAUCACAUUACCAGGAUGACAUCGAAAGGAUGUACGGUGGCAAGUAACACACACACUCUCUCUAAGACACACACAGGUAAAGACAUAUGCAAGGAAUCUAAAAAACACUACCAAGAUGACAUGGAGACUGGAGAGGAUGUACGGCGGCAAGUUAAACACACACACACACACACAGAGAGAAGGAACGACCCAUUGUACUUCAACCUCUUGACUUCCCUUCCGACUAGUUACAAUCAAACAGAAAAUAACCCUGGAAAAUUACUGUCAGUCAAUCCAGACCCCCAACAAAGACGGAGAGGCCAAGCCAGUUGGAGCGACAUCCGUUGCUUCUCUUCAAAGGUUUUUCUGGGUCUGUGUUGCUACGAUGACGGUGGCAUCGUUGACAUGACCCGGCGGACGCACAGGAAAUGACAAGUUUGUACAAAAGACUGCUUCGGCACUAUGUCCAUGCCCCCCCCCCCCCCCCCUCCCCUCCCCCCUUUUGGCAUGUGUGUGUAGUCCAGACACCUGAUGGGAGACUGGUUUGUUGUUGUGUUACUGUGGCCUGAGUCGUGUUCAUUAGGCACCAAACGGAAGAAAACUACCUGAAACAGGGAACGACUACCAAAAAGUGUCCAAUAAGAAACACUUGUUUUCCGUUGCAAAAUGUUUUGCAACAGUAAACACCAAUGAAUACGACCCUGAAAAAGGAGUCCCUUCGGUUUAAAUGUCCCAUAUUCAGGUUUGAGUCUAUACAGGGAUCUCUUUUCUUGUGUAUUUUUUUGGGUGUAGUGAUAUUUGUUGUUCUGUUCAUGUUUCAUUACGGUUCUUUAACGUAUACGGUUUGUCUUCAUUCGCUUCCGAAGCCCAUUCAAUGAACAUCUUGUGUCUGAGAGAAAUCAGUGUUGCGAAGCCAUGAAAGAUUCUUUUUAAAGCAACUCGUGUUCUUAAUUUGCUUUUCUUAUAUUUUUCUGAACGGUUUGUUUAUCAUUUAUAUUGUUUUUUCUCCUGGUUCUAUUCUAUUUCUCUAUUGGUUCUAUUCUAUGGAAGAGUACGUGUUUAGUGAUUUGACUAGAUGAAGUCCUGUCACUCUUUUACUGUGUGUUAGUGAUGUAAUCUCCUUCUGGCUCUGUUCCUCUGUGGCUGGCUAUGGGCUGAUGUGCCUGGGUUGGCUCGUAGAACCUGUUUGUCAUAAAUAAUCAGUGUUGGGGAAACUACUCUGAAAAUAUAGUUUACCAAGUUACCAAUUACUUCAUACUGGAAGAAGUUAUGAUACACUAAAGCUACCCUUACGAAAACUAUAUUCUACUUAACUGAAGUAGUUCACUACAUCCAAACUACUUAGUAAAAAGUUAGCAUAUCUAAAUCUGAAAUGUCAGUGACUACAAAUUGCAAGACAGAUCACUCUGGAGUCAGAUGUUAACAGAAUGUGUAAAUUAGCCUAUUAAAACCAAAAACUGUUUCAAGGGAUAAUUAGGCAGAUCUGAUGCUGAAAAAGGAAAUUAUUUUCUACUUCCGCCAUAAUACAUUUGUGAAAAUAAAUAAAUGAUGUAGCCUAGUUCCAGUAGUUAGCUACACCACUACAUGGCAAAAAAAUGAACUACUGAAAACACUACCUACAUUCGAAUUGUUCCCCACUAAACUACUGCAAAAUGCAGUUAAACUACAUGUAGUUCACUUCUCCCCAACUCUAUAAAUAAUGUAGUCUGAGCCAAGAUCCUCUGACUAUUAUUGGGAUGUCAUGAGUUAACCAGAGCAAGAAGAACUGAUCUGGGACCAGGUUAGUAAUGAUGGUGAAGUGUCCAGGGUGGCUACAGGGAAGAAGGAUGAAGUUGCCCCCAAAGCUGAUCUAAGUUUUUCUUGUCUCCCCUAUGGUUGAGGUUAGGUUGUGGAGAGGAUAAGCUGAUCCUUGAUCUGUGCCUAAGGGCAACUUGUCAUCAUGGGCUGUCAAUCCUACUGAGGCUCUUAUUCAUUUCUAUCACUUAACCAGUGUGUGCGUGUGUGUAUAUGCAUACAGUUGAAGUCGGAAGUUUACAUACACCUUAGCCAAAUACAUUUGAACUAAGUUAACAAUUUCUGACAUUUAAUCCUAGUAAAAAUUCCCUGUCUUAGGUCAGUUAGGAUCACCACUUUAUUUUAAGAAUGAAAUGUCAGAAUAAUAGUAGAGAGAACGAUUGAUUGAUUGAUUUAUUUCAUCACAUUCCCAGUGGGUCAGAAGUUUACAUACUCAAUUAGUAUUUGGUAGCAUUGCCUUUUUAAAUUGUUUAUUUUGGGUCAAAUGUUUUGGGUAGCCUUCCACAAGCUUCCCACAAUAAGUUGGGUGAAUGUUGGCCCAUUCCUCCUGACAGAGCUGGUGUAACUGAGUCAGGUUUGUAGGCCUCCUUGCUCGUACACGCUUUUCAGUUCUGCCCACAAACUUUCUAUUGAGGUCAGGGCUUUGUGAUGGCCACUCCAAUACCUUGACUUUGUUGUCGUUAAGCCAUUUUGCCACAACUUUGGAAGUAUGCUUGGGGUCAUUGUCCAUUUGGAAGACCCAUUUGCGACCAAGCUUUAACUUCCUGACUGAUGUCUUGAGAUGUUGCUUAAAUAUAGCCACAAUUUCCCAGUGUAGUCAUUGUUAAUGUUGUAAAUGACUAUUUACAUUUAAGUCAUUUAGCAGACGCUCUUAUCCAGAGCGACUUACAAAUUGGUGCAUUCACCUUAUGAUAUCCAGUGGAACAACCACUUUACAAUAUACACUUUACAAUAUCCACAUAUCCCUACCGGCCAAACCCUCCCUAACCCGGACGACGCUAAGCCAAUUGUGCGUCGCCCCACGGACCUCCCGGUUGCGGCCGGCUGCGGCAGAGCCUGGGCGUGAACCCAGAGACUCUGGUGGCGGAGCUAGCACUACGAUGCAGUGCUCUAGACCACUGCGCCACCCGGGAGACCGGGUUGUAGCUGGAAACGGCAGAUUUUUAAAAUGGAAUAUCUACAUAGGCGUACAGAGGCCCAUUAUCAGCAACCAUCACUCCUGUGUUCUAGCGGCACGUUGUUAGCUAAUCCAAGUUUAUCAUUUUAAAAGGCUAAUUGAUCAUUAGAAAACCCUUAUGCAAUUACGUUAGCACAGCUGAAAACUGUUGUUCUGAUUAAAAGAAGCAAUAAUAUUGGCCUUCUUUAGACUAGACGAGUAUCUGGAGAAUCAGCAUUUGUGGGUUCGAUUACAGGCUCAAAAUGGCCAGAGAUAAAGAACUUUCUUCUGAAACUCGUCAGUCUAUUUUUGUUCUGAGAAAUUGCCAAGAAACUGAAGAUCUGAUACAACACGGUGUACUACUCCCGUCACAGAACAGUGCAAACUGGCCCUAACCAGAAUAGAUAGAGUGGGAGGCCACGGUGCACAACUGAGCAAGAGGACAAGUACAUUAGAAAGUCUAGUUUGAGAAACAGACGCCUCACAAGUCCUCAACUGGCAGCUUCAUUAAAUAGUACCUGCAAAACACCAGUCUCAACGUCAACAGUGAAGAGGCGAAUCCGGGAUGCUGGCCUUCUAAGUAACCCCAAACCUUUGAACAGUAGUGUAUAUAUAAUAAUGUCCAAACGUACAGCUAGGAGUGUGUGUGGUUUGUGCGUGUGCUGAUGUUUGGGUUUGUUCAUGUGUGUACUCACUGCCCUGAGCUUGUUCCAAGUUCCCCUUGUUCUGGAUGCCCACUCACAUGACCUGUGUCAGUCUGUUACCUUUCAAUGUUUUCUCCAGUAAAACAAUGGUACCUACCUACACUGUAUGCUGCUAAACCAGGUCUGUAGCUCCAUAAACCAUAUCACAUGAACUAUCUGGCUCCGUAAACCACAAAACCACGUAAAAUUGGCUCAAACCUGCCAUGUUACUCCUGAAAAUGAUGAUGACCAAUGUAACUCAAGCAUGUCUCCAAGAGAACCAACCAAUGAAUCGUAGUCCAGAUCUGUAGUUGUUUGUCUCUUUGAUAGCUGUUUGGAAGACUGUGUGUGUCAUACACUAGCACUGUCUACUCCAUCGGACCCUUCUGAUAUUACAGUAAUACAUCCUCCUAUUUCUAUGUUACAGCUCUGUUACUAUGAUUGAUUGAAAUGUGCAAUACAUAUACGAAACACAAAUUCUAAAACUAAAUGAUCUAAUGGAAAAAUGCAGAGAGAGCCCCUCCACAGUGUAUGAAUAUAUGUCUUUCCAGACAGACAGAUGGGCAGACAGUAAACAUUGUUAUACAAGUAGUAGUGUAGUCUCUAUGGAGUGAUAUUAGUGCCAACAGAAAUGUAAUCUGAAUUCAAUCAUCUUAAAUUUAAUCAAAUUUAUUGGCACUUAUGACUAAAUACCAAUUUUUCUGGAUUGUGAAAGUACUGUGCCGAUGACGAUACCCAAUUAUAUUGGGAACUCUGUAGUGAAGACUAAUAUUUUGGCCUUAAAUGUUGUGAAUGUAAAAGAAAAAGACACUAAUCAGGUUUCCAUCCGAGCUUCUUAUGCGAGUAAAGUACAUGUCAGAUAAAAAAUGUCACGACAGGCCUGAUGGAAACAGGAAAUUUGUCAGUUAACUUUCCAAAUGUUGACAACUAAAUAAGCCUUGUGUGGGAACUUUGUGUCUAAAACGAAUUAUGGCGGUGGAAACGCCUUUAUGCGCAAAUAUUGAUAUAAUAACCAUCAUGUCAAAGUAAACUUAGUCGUGCAAUGGAAUGUUGUGUGGUCCUCCCACUACGACUCGGAAAAGCAUGCAGUUUAUUAUGCUACAGAUGAAAUAAGUUAUGAACUUCACAGGGUGGUGAAAGUCCACAGUGAUGAGCUUGAUGCUCCUUUCCAAUAAAUAUUGAGCAUCUUAUUCUUUUGACUUGAUUAUCGAUGACUGGCUGCCAUUCGACAAAUAAAAAAUAAUCUCACUCUUUUGUCCCUAAUAAUCUCAUGUGUAGGCUAUACCCGCACUUUAUCUGCAAGCUGUUGUUUAGAGCGCAAGUGCCAAGCCCAGUGUGCGCAUUCACCAUAUAACACAAUUUUUUUUGUGACAAAACCAUCAGUAGUUUAAAAUGCGAUGGAAUUUUUUGUAUUUUUUAUGUGCACUAUGUCAUCACGCACAGCCUUUUGUCCACAACAAGUCAAUUUGAUGGAAACACUAGUGGGAAACUGUACAACAUCUUUUUAUGCAGAUUUUAGAAUAUUUGCAUGAAAAUCUGUCACCAAUUGGAUGGAAACUUUUAGCUAAUAAUGAAGGAAAAGGUACUGCAGGUGAACAGAAAGUGAUUUGGGUUACAUGAUUCCUCGUGAAUAUAUUUACAUUUAUCGAUAAGGCCAACAUUUCCCAACUUUGAUUAGGUAUUUGUCAAGUUAUUUUGGAUACACAUUUCAAAGGUAUGCCAGACAUCCUUCACCAAAAGGACCUUUCUAUGGAUUUAAUUUCAGGAAGAUCAAAAACAUAAAAUAUCUUUGGGUCAUAUGUAUAUGCCAUAUUGUAUCUGUUGUCUGCAAAUGAAUUAGUGUGUUUGAUUUGUGCAAUGUAAAGCCUAGAAGAGGAACAACUUGGGUAUUCAAUAUUUUGUCAACGGCCGUACAUUUUGAAAUGUAUUGACUUACAUUUCUUGUAUUUGGGAUUGUAUUUAUUUUAUUUUUUACAAGGGUCUAUAACACUAGUGGUUAUCCUCAGUCCCAACUGGAGUCUUCAGCUGUUCCAAUUAAACAUUCCAUCACUUGAUUUGGCAACAAUUUUGGGCAAAUAAUAUUGUGAAGUCUAAAGACCGUUUAGUCUGGUGAAUUUGAAUGAUUUAUUCUCGUUAUCUGUGAGAACACAGCUCUGGUACACUCACAAAUCCACUGAUAGUAUGAACUUGAUGAACAAAGUCAAAGAAAGUCCCCUUCUCAGAGGUUUGAUAUCGCUUGGAAUAUAUCAGCAUUCAAACACUCCCCUGUUUUGAGAGUAGUCUAAAAUACUGCUACUGUUUACGAAUGGGGAACCCAGAUGCAGGCUAGUUCCCUUCUUACAUUUCCUGAUAUUUCUUUCUCUGGACAUUUCAUUGGUUCAUUGUAUUCAACUCCCAACCAGUCGAUCCAGUCCGCUGCUCUGCUAUCCCAUACAAGCCUACAAUUGUUGGGUUGCCUUGUUACACGGGUCAGAAGAUUCCUACAUGGUUCAUAGGAAUAUACAAAGUGCUUUGUCCGAGUGUUUGUCUCUGAGGAUACACAUAACGUGUCCUAGUAGUGACGUCAUCCAAACUACUUUGGCACAUCAGUGUGGUGUACAGAUGAAUUUGACUACUCCUAUUGUUUCUUGUACUGUACAUAUUUUGGGAGGGGAAGGGUUAAUAUGAUCAAAGCUUAUGAAAAUAUACCAGUUGUACAGGUGUAAUACCUCUGUUAUUGACCAGUUUUUGGGGUCUAUCGUUCUCCUUUUGUGUGGGUUACUGGCCUUGUCACAAGUGUCUCGUUCCUUAUUUAUUUGUAAUUUGGUCUUGUCAGGAAAAUACAAGUUUGUGAUUGGUAUAAAAAUGAUCAUAUUUGUAUGUGUUAAUUCCGUUUCAUUCAUAGUUAUGGGGAUUAUAUAGAUUCUUGUGGGUGUCUUUUUGAAUGAGUGAUUCUGUACAUGUAUGUAUAACACCUGUACAUUCCAUCACAGACAAAGAGUGACCGUCACAACGGUCCUAAGGCAGCAGGUUAGGAGAAUUAGGUUAAGGUUAAGAAAAGAGUUAGGGUUAGCUAAAAUGCAAAAAAAAUAUCAACUUUUGAUGUAAAUUUGACAAGCUGGAUCCCUAUUAGCUAUGACCAGUUUGAGUAGAAUUGUGUCUUGGAGCUAGCGUUUCUAUGGCAACGAAGCCCAGGAGGAAGUGUUUUUAAAAUAUAUAUAAACUAGGAUACAACGGAGGAAUUCCAACACUGGAUAUCUUGUUACAGCUGUUAAGUCAUUGAUAAUCCAUUUAUUUUUUAAUUUCAUUUCAUUAAGUUAAGGAGGGUCAUAGCUAUAUUCAAUAAAAUUCACAUUGAUUUAACCCUU